AUGGCAAGGAUGCUCUACAUCAGUCUUAUUGCUGUCGGCGUUUUCUUGACUCCGCUGUGCAACGGCUGCAGCCCGAACUAUUUGGAACUGAAUCCAGCGCUUUCUAAGUAUCAGAACGGCACGAAGUGCUUACCAAUAACAGAAAAGUGGUACAUAGUGUACAGGAACUACGAGAGUGACCCACUAUUUGGAGGAAAAGCUCAGUGCGGCAAAUUUUCGAGCCUGGGUCCGGAGGAAGAUGGGGGAUUUGCAAUGAAACUCCAAUUUAAGCACUGGUCAAUAAAAGUGGUGUCAACCCCCAAGCCAUCUGAAGGAUACGAUGUGGACAAUACGCAGUACUUUCAUGUAGUGGGUAAAAAGGGUUCAAUGAUGGUAUACAUUGCGUACGAUGACUGCACGACUUGCCUGGUGUUCAGAAAUCCCUACGUUAGCGAAAAUGCGUGCACCCUUCUCCAACCUGAAAGCGGCCUGGGAAAUACACCAAUGUGCUGCCGGUUCAUCUUCGACCUUCUCUGCGGCACAGGGCAAAAGUAUUACACCUACGACAAAGAGACCUGUUCGAAAAAACACAUCAAAUGGUGGCCAUGGUGGUUUAGGAAACAUAUCUUAUAG